AUGAGUAGACCGUUCAAAGUGAACAUUAUUGUGGCAGCGUUGAUACCUGGGCAUGGGAUUGGCUUAAAGGGGAAACUACCUUGGUCUCUGAAAAAUGAAAUGAAAUAUUUCCGUCUUCUCACAACAAACACAAUCUCACCAACUUCCAAAAAUGUCGUUAUCAUGGGCAGAAAUACGUGGGAAUCAAUUCCCUCCAGAUUCAGGCCGUUACAAAACAGAUUGAAUAUCGUGCUUACCAGGAAUGCCAAUAUUUCUGUUGAAAAUGGUGCUGCGGUUGACGACUCCGUGCUGGUGGCUGAUUCCCUGAAGAAUGGAUUGGACAUUAUAGAAAAGACAGGAAACAUAGAGGAAGUGUUCUUGAUAGGAGGAGCUGAUCUUUAUAACCAAUGCCUUGCAUCUGGUCUUGUUGACCGUAUAUUUUUAACAGAAGUGAAGUCCUUGAACGGACAAAUUGAGACUGAUGUGUCCAUCAAGAUUGACCCUUCCCAAUGGAUCAAGCAGGAGUCCCAAGUCCUGGAGAAAUACCUCCAAGACCAUGGAGUGAACGGCUUCCAGUUAGACGGGAACAAAGAGGGAGAGCUAGUCUACGACUUUACUUUGCUGGAGCGAAGAUAA